GGUGCGGGACGGGACCAAUCGAUUAUUCGCCGUCGCGCGCUCGGCCGGAGUGGACGAGUGUUUAAAUUUAGAAUUUCGGGGGGAAAAACGAUCGCAAAGCCGGGAAAUGAGUGGUUCAAAAUCGUCAGUUAUUUGUGAUAGAUGUGUUUAGUGAAGUGCAGUGUGGCAUAGCGGCGGCAUGGGCAACUCCUGCAGCUCCGGACAGGCCCAUAAGGACAAGGACAGCCAGUCUCAGCACUCUGAAGAGUACAAGUUGAAAUCAUCAACCGGGAAUGAAAGGUCACCGUCCUACCGCCAGCGAGCGAAAGAGAGGGAAGACCAACCCGCGCCGACGCAGCUACUGGAACCAGCGCCCGCGCACCGGCCACAGUUGAAGGGACCAAGACCAGUCGGCUCCAGUGUGUCCGACUCCAUCUCCCUGUCUUCUCCAGUGACGUGCGCCUCCCCCCGCGAUGCCGAAGGCCCCCCCAUGCCGAGUGGCGUGGCGUCGUUGCCAGAAGACCAUAGGGCACAACUCCUGGGCCGACCUCAGCAGAGGACGAGGCGGAAGAAGGCUAUGCUCAUUUAUGUCUGUGCUGCGGAUUCACAAGACUGCUGCGCGGAAAAAGGCGCACUUCAAUGCGGUGCGGCGGCCCGCUUGCGGGUGCGGGCGCGCCGCCGCGGCUGGCGGAUCCACGUGGCGGAUCUACACUGGCGGUCGCCGCUCGAACAACAGCGGGACCAUCGCUUCCCAGUGCUGUGUAUAGCUGAACUUGCACGUCAGUCGGAGCUCGGGGCAGUAGUGCCAGUGUUGUUCCUCAACUCUGGCCUGGGCACGCCGCUGUUACCUCACACACUGGAAUGCGCCGAUUUUAAAGCGGCAUUAGACGCCGCUCAAGACGAGGCUGACAAGACGCUACUCAACAAAUGGUACAGCCUAGACGAGAGCAGGACGCCGCCAUGCUACCGUCUCGUUCGCGGCGCGCCUGCGCGCUGGCGGCGCGAGAUGGCGAAGGCCCUCAACGUGUUGGUGCGGACCUUACCUCAGGAGGCUUGUGACGCGUACCUCACCACCGUAGUAGAACAGGAAGUCCAGCACACAGUGCUGUUGAGCGUGGAGGCGGCGCGGCGCUGCGUGUGGGUGUGCCGCGCCGGCGCCGCCGCCGCCGCCGAGAGCGACGCGCCGGACCCCGCGCACCACCAGGAGCUGACGCGCCGGCUGCAUAAUCUACAGAAGGACUUGAAGCUUCAUCUGAGCGAGCGCAACAUAAUCCGAGCGUCGGUCCGCGGGCGCUCCGCCCCCGGCGGGGAAGACGAGUACACUGAAGGCGUGCGGUCAGCGCUAGGCGAGCGCCUGGAUGCACUGCUAGACACGCUUAUAGGCGAGAGUGAGGCGCCUGCUGGUGUUAACGGGAUACCGACCAGCUUGUUUGAUGAGUUGAACGAACACCUCACCUUCUGCCAAAAGUCUGCUCAGAGCACGUCCAACCGAGAGAUCACCCUUAAUGAACUUAAGACAUACGUGACAGGCGACAGUCAAGUCCCACUGGCGUUGAUAGGGGGCGCUGGCUGCGGCAAGGCCACUUUAGUAGCGCGAGCGGCAACACUGGCUCCUACUUGGCAACAGGAUCUAGCAGUUAUCAUCAGAUUCGUGGGUCUGACUCCACAGUCGAGUAGCUCUCACCAGCUGCUCAAAUCCAUCGUGGACCAGUGCCACGUACUGCACGCUGGGACGCCAUAUCGUGGCAGAAAUGACGUAGCAUCGCUCUCAGCGGCGUUACCAAAACUACUCGGUGCAUUGGGAAGAGCCCGGCCGGCGUUACUAUUAGUAGUAGGAGCAGACGCGUUGCGCGGCGCACGCUGGCUACCUUCACGGUUGCCAGGCAACGUGAAAAUGAUCGUCACAGUCACUGAAGAAAAAGAUGAGCCCUCAAGCUCAGCUAUAAUGGCGGUCCUCUCGUCCGAGGAUGGGCCAAAGGUCGUCCGAGCGCCCCCUGUCGGCGCCGAGGAGGCGCGCGCCGUGCUCGCGGCGUGCGCGGCGGCGUACAGCAAGACUGGGGCCGCCUCGCCUCCUGAUGCCGCUGUCAAGGCUGUGCAGAAGUGCACUAUACCACUCUACGCUAAGAUCCUCGCCUGGCAAAUCUCCCUCUCCGCUGAAACCUUCACCGAGCAAUCGGAACCAGAAACAGCUCCAGAGCUCGUCAUUUGCGAGGACCUGGAGGGCCAGCUGACGCAGAUCCUAAUAACCACUGAGGCGGCGCUGGGCGCGGAACGGGUUAAGACGUGUCUGGCGCUGCUCACGGCGGCGAGGAGGGGGUUGGAUGACACGGAGAUACUGGAUAUGCUGGCGCAUGAUGAGCUGUUUAGGAGCGAAGAGACUUACUUACCCUGGGCACCCGCGUCCCUAUUCUGGCCGCAGCUGGCAGCAUUGCUGUCGCCAUGGUUACGCUGGGACGCGCGUGGCGCGGCGCGGUGGCGUGACGCGGCACUGGCGGGCGCCGCACGCGACAGAUAUCUACAGGAUUGCGAGGACCAAGUGCGAAGGACUUUGGUGGACUACUACGAGGGUGUCUGGUACACGGAGAACGACCCAAAGAUGGCCGGCCGGCUUAUAUCGCAAGAAAACAAAUUCUCAGACGAAUGCUACAACACCCGAAAACUGGACGAGCUGCCAUUCCAACACUACCACCUAUCCAAGAACGACCCAGAGUCCUUCGCCACUCGACCUUACUUCACCGAACUGAGCUGGGUGCACGACAAACUAGCGGCCACGGAUUGCGGGCACUUUCUGGAAGACAUCGCUUUAGUGCACUUAGACCCGCUGCCCGAGCAUAUUGAGAUACUUAAAGAGGUGUUCGAGCACCACUCCUACGCCCUAGAUUACGACCACCGACAAUUCUACGGCCUCCUCCGCACCACAAUGGAGAAACGCCAACGAGAAGGCACAGAGAUCAAAUCCAAGAUCGUCCACUCCUGGGUCGAAGAGAUCUGGGAACCACCCAUCCCUACCUUCUUCCCGGCUAAUGAGGAGUUCUGGAGGAUUGUGGAGACGAAGGAGAAAAGGGAUCUGGCGAUGGUGGCAGGGUUUGAUAAUAAGACGUAUGAUCUGAUCGUGAGGUUUGACACGAGGGGGAAAUUUGUUGCGACGGUGUCUACGGAAAGGGAGGAGAUUUGCGUUUGGGAUGUUGCUCAAUGCAAACUAGUAAGAAAGAUAACCGGCGUUACCCAGCCCAUCAACUUGGUGCCUAUCGAUGAGUACCGUUGUGUGGUGCUGUGUAAACGAGAACUGAGGGUCUAUGACCUCAACCAGGGCAAAUUCGUGGUGUCCCUAAAAGGCGUGAUGAACCAGAAGAUGCCAUACUACGGUCUCCACGACCCCAAGCACCUGGUCGCCUUGUCGCGGAACAGGAUGUACGUGAACCUGAUGAACAUCGAGACGGGAGACUGUGUCACCACCUUCAAGGCUGGGGAGGACAGAUUCCUGAACUCGCUGCUUGUUUCUGGCGAUGGAAGGGUGCUGGUAUGCGGAGAUGAGACACAAAAGCCGUUCCCGCUCCUCGUAUGGUCGCUGACGUCACGGAAGCUUCUCUACGACCUACGUAUACCGCACCACGACUUCGUCACGUCCAAGGCUGCUAUCACAUAUGAGGGGUCAUACGUCUGCGUAGUCUCCCGAGAGCUAGACGAGCCGAGCCCCAACUUCAUCGUAGUCUACGAUCUGCAGUCGGGCACGCUCUUCAAGAAGUGGAAGCCUGGAUGUGACACUGUAGCCCUGGCCAUCAGUUCUGUGGACGGCUGCGUAGUGUCAGGGUUGGCUGAUACUAGGAUACUCGUCUGGGACUUGGUCACAGGGAACUGCCGCCUAACACUGCGCGGUCACGGCGCGGCGCCGGCGCGUCUCCGCCUCGCCCGGGCCGGCGGCGUGUUGUUGUCCGCGGACGAUCAGUGCCGGGACCUGUCUGUGCGUCUCUGGGACUUGCAUACAGGAAAGCUAAUAGCAGUGUACACACCGCCGGAGCGUAUCACAUCGUGCGAGGUGCUGCUGGGAGGCUCCGUGCUAGCGCUGGCGCUGGAGAACUACAAGGAUAUCCUUUGCGUCAAGCUGUGCGGGCCGCCUGUGGACUCAGUCACUCAGGGCCGAGACGCGGAGUACGACGACCGACCGUACGGCGACCCGGCGCUCGAGGGCCGGACGUUCGACGUCCGGGGCGCGGAGACCUGCUGAUAUGGCCGAUGCAUCGGGUUCCAUGUCUCCUUCAGCCAUUGCUUUAGGACUUGGCUCUACACUAAUAUUGUGCGAUUCUAAACAUCGUAUGUACAAAUACAUUUCAAAAUCAUGGGUAUGCCGAGGAUAAAGCCUGGCGUCAACUACGCUUGCCGAGUCGAGUCUCAUUAAUUCGCCUUCUGCAUUUCUAAAACUGCGUCCAUUAAUGACUCGUCUAAUCGCAUUCAAAUGUAUCCUCAUACGUUUGAAUGCGAUUAGACGAGUCAUUUCGAUUCGACGCGGCUCAAUUCCGCCUAAGUCGACGCCAGGCUUAAUAAUUCAAUGCGGCCGCUAUAGUAACCGAUUCAGACACUGAUUAAAAAUCUACCGUCUGAAAAAUGGGUAAUGUUUAUCUUUCGAUUUUAGUUUUUUUUUUUCGUUAGUGCUGAAAAUGCAAAACGCAUUUCUAUAUUGAUCGAUGGUGGAUGUCUAAUUAAAGAUACCCACAUAAUUAUGUAUAAAUGAUGAAAAUAUCAGUAAUUUUCCAAUUUAUAAUUAAAUAUGAAAGUUAAUCAGCGCCCAGUUUCAAAAAUGUCUAAAUAGCGAGAUCCAUCGGAAAUUUUGGUGUCUAUAUUGAAAUAUUACAGAUUACCUAUAAAAAAAAAGAAUGGGUGUAGAGUAAGUCCUUCAGUGUACAUUUGUAACAUCAAAAUACUUUCUAACUUAUUUGGAAAUGUUACCUUAGAAACCUAAAAGUAUGGUGUAAUAAUUUCGUAUGGGAGUAUAGGUACUACUGACCAAUGGAUAAAUAAAGAACCAAUAUUUCAUGUAAUGUAACAUAGGUACAUAGAUUGUUUCUUUAUUUAAGCCUAAGAAUUGAUGAAUUUGCAUAUAUUUAAAACAAACUAAUAAUAAAGACAAGAGUUGGGCUCAAAUAAUAUUUUGACAUUUUUGACAAUGUUCAAAAUGUAUACGAAUAGGACACGUUCAUGACUCACCAUAUACGAGACUGUCUUUCCGGAGAAAUUGUCUGUGGUUAUAAAGUUCUGUCAGAAAAUACUGAAUUUUAAGAACUAAGGCCGGCAACAGUCAGUCUUAAAUUUCAUAAUCUUAAAAAAUGUCUUAUUUCACACACAGUCUUAUUUUUUAAGAUUAUGAAUUUUUUCAGAUUGAUCUGACAGAUUGCGAACAAUCUGAAUUUUAAGAAUGUGUGUGGCAAGGUACUCGAUCUGAAUUUAUAAGAUUAUGACUUUUUAAGAUUAUGAAAUUUAAGACUGUCUGUUGCCG